AUGUUAUCAAGAAAUACAAUUUUAAUUUUGUCUGACACAAAAAUUUUUGCAAGGAUAGUUGUAUGUAAAAUUUCAACUAGCACUAAACAUUUUCAACAUUUGAAGUCAUGGAAAAAUAUACCGGGACCAUCAUCCCUUCCUAUUAUAGGACAAUUGCAUCAUUUCUUUCCCGGAGGCUCUCUACACAACUGCAAUGGCUACGAGUUUCAGGAUAAGCUAUAUACAAGUUACGGGCCUAUUGUGAAGCUUAACCAAAUAUUCGCUGGAAAACCUGGGAUAUUCCUCUAUGACCUUGACUCGAUUGCACAGGUUCUUAGAGGCGAAAAUUGGCUGCCUGUUCGACCUGGAUUUCAAAUUCUGUAUUAUUACCGAAACUUUUAUAACCAACCAAAGGGAGGAGCUAAAGAACCAACAGGCUUGAUUAGCGAUCAUGGAGAGAAAUGGAAGCAAACCCGCUCUAUGGUGAAUCCCAUCGUAAUGCAACCUAAUAUCGUCAAAUUGUACAGUCAAGUCAGUGCCGAAGUUGCUGAAGAUUUGAUCAAAAGGCUACGUAAACUCCGUGACGAAAACAACAUGAUAAAAGACAAUUUCGACUACCAAAUGAACCUCUGGGCCCUCGAGUCGGUCAGCGCGAUCGCUCUUGGAGAUAGACUUCACGCGUUAGACGAUACUUUAGCAGACAACUCUCCUGCUAAACAAUUGAUUAAUUAUGUACAUGAGUUCUUUUCUAUUGCUGAGAAUUUAGAUUAUAAACCCAGCUUGUGGAGGUAUAUUUCGACCCCGUCGUUUAAGCGGGCUAUGAAGGUCUUCAGCAGUAUUGAUGAGAUAACACUAGGCUUUGUUAAAAAGGCCAGAGAGGAAUUGAAAGGGAAAGGUGAAAAGGCCGAAGAUCAAAAAAGUGUUCUUGAAAAACUACUGGAGAUAGACGAACGGAUUGCUCUCAUAAUGGCCAGCGAUUUGCUGUUCACUGGAGUCGAUACGGUCGGUAACACAAUGAGCGCAACCUUGUACCUCCUCGCGAGUAACCCGGAGAAACAAAACAAAUUACGGGAUGAAGUUCUCUCCGGGAAUGAAAAGAAAUAUUUAAAAGCUUGUAUAAAAGAGUCAAUGAGAGCGAUGCCUGUAACGGGAGGGAAUGCAAGACUCACUACUAAGGAAUAUAACAUUUUGGGCUAUAAAAUACCUAAAGAUAUGUUUCUAGUAUUUCCUCAUCAAUACCUUGCUAAAAUGGAAGAGCAGUAUCCUCGAGCAAAUGAAUUUAUUCCGGAGAGAUGGAUCGUGGAUAAAGACGAUCCCUUGUAUCAUGGAAACGCGCAUCCUUUUGCGUACAGCCCUUUCGGGUUUGGAGCUCGAAUUUGUAUUGGUCGUCGAAUCGCCGAUCUGGAGCUAGAGACCCUGAUAUCCAAGAUGGUGGAAAACUUCCAAAUCAGUUGGGUCGGCCCACCGCCCACCAUGUACCAGAGCUCUCUCAACUACUUCAAGGGUCCAUUUAAUUUUGUCUUCAAGGACUUGAAAUAA